AUGCUGCCGACAACGAGAUGCAUGCUGCAUCAUACCAUUCGGCGUUGUGUGCCGCACGACCGAAGCAAGACAAUCGGGUUCAUCGGUCUUGGAGCGAUGGGCAAAGAAAUGGCUAACAACCUGCUCUCCAAGACGCUCGCUUCAAAUCCUGACCCUGCUGUCACAUUUGUGGUGCAUGAUGCGUUCGAACAGUCCAUCACUCGCUUCCUCACGGCCAACACUUCGCUGUACCCGAACCGCAACAUCCUGGCGGCUUCUUCUCCUGCUGGAAUCGCCAAGCUAUCCGGUACGAUUGUCACGAUGCUUCCUUCCUCGCCGCAGGUCGAAAGCGUAUACACGCAUGAAAAUGGUAUUCUGGACGGGCUCGAGUCGUUUCAAGCAGCGGCUGUGGAUGAUGCGCAGGCCAAGACGCUGUGUAUCGAUUGCACGACACUCGACCCGGAUGUAGCGGUUCAAACAGCCACGGCGAUCAAGAACGCCAACGCCAAUGGAGCGUUUGACAUGAUCGACGCGCCCGUAUCGGGUGGUGUAGUGGGUGCUAAUGCAGCAACUCUUUCGUUCAUGGUUGGAUCCGACUCGUCCACCACUUUCGCCUCGGCGGAACCGUACCUAUCGCUCAUGGGCUCUCGCGCUGUUCACUGCGGCAAGAACGGUAACGGCCUGAUCGCCAAGAUUGCCAACAACCUUUUGCUAGGAAUCUCGAUGCUCGGUGUUACCGAGGCAAUGUUGCUAGGAACCGCGCACGGUCUGCCCCCCGCCGUUCUAGCUGGCAUCAUCAACACCUCGACGGGCAAAUGCUGGUCGAGCGAAGUCAACAACCCCUGUCCAGGUGCCCUCGAGGGAACCAAGUACAGUCCACCGGCCGACAGAGAUUACCAAGGCGGAUUCGCCGCAAGACUGAUGGCCAAGGAUUUGAAGCUGGCGAUGAACACGGCAAAAUUGCAAGGCGUGCCUACGCCAUUAGGCCAGUUGACAUCCAGUAUUUACGAAGCACUUGGUGGCAACGACGAGUUCAAAGACAAGGACUUUGCUGUCGCGUUCAAGGCGCUAAGUGCUGCAUUGGGCAGGGAGGAGUUCAAAGGAGGACGUGAAAAAGUGUGA